AUGGGUGCACUACUUCUGGUAGCACUAAUGUGUUUCUGGGGCUGUUUCCUGUAUAAGAAACUUGGUAAACAUGAGGGUGGAAGUCUUGCAAUGGAUGUCAGUGGAGGUGCAUCAAUUGUGAUGUUUCAUGGAGAUUUGCCAUACACUUCAAAGGAUAUCAUUAAGAAAUUGGAGACCUUGAAUGAAGAACACAUUAUUGGUUCUGGGGGCUUUGGAACAGUAUACAAGCUUGCUAUGGAUGACGGCAAUGUAUUUGCCUUGAAAAGAAUUGUGAAGAUGAAUGAGGGCUUUGAUCGGUUCUUUGAAAGGGAGCUUGAAAUUCUUGGAAGCAUUAAACACCGAUACUUGGUGAAUCUGCGAGGAUACUGUAAUUCUCCAAUGUCGAAAUUAUUAAUUUAUGAUUUCUUACCUGGUGGUAGCCUGGAUGAAGCUCUUCAUGGGUUAGCAUUAGAUCGGGUCAGCUUUGCGCAUCAGUCGAUGGGUGGUACUUGGUCGUUGGUUAGAACGUCAAUCAAUGAGCCACGACUGGGUGGCAAGAAAAAACGAGGUCCAUGGCCUGCCCAUCAAGAAACUAGACUCUUCGAUUUUGUUGGAAGUAGUUUUGUCGGAGUUGAGCAAGAUUUGCCCGGAUUACAUCAGUGUAGAUGCCGGGACUGUGAAAGAUCUGAGCAGUUAGACUGGGAUGCACGACUCAAUAUAAUCAUGGGUACUGCAAAAGGCCUUGCCUAUUUGCAUCACGAUUGUUCCCCUCGAAUUAUACACCGUGACAUAAAGUCAAGCAACAUUUUGCUUGAUGGAAAUUUGGAAGCUCGGGUAUCUGACUUUGGACUAGCCAAAUUGUUGGAGGAUGAAGAGUCCCACAUUACAACCAUUGUGGCUGGAACUUUUGGGUAUCUGGCUCCAGAAUAUAUGCAGAGUGGCCGAGCAACAGAAAAGACCGAUGUUUAUAGUUUUGGGGUUCUGGUGCUCGAAGUUGUUAGUGGAAAGCGGCCCACUGAUGCAUCAUUCAUUGAAAAGGGCCUUAACAUUGUUGGCUGGGUAUGCCUCCUCUCUUCAUCUGUUUUUGUGCUUUCAUUCAUUGUUUUUGUAAUCCUCUUUGCUGUGAUGCCAAAUUUGAACUUAUCUGCAAAUGAAUUUGAGGUCAAGCAAUUAAGUGCCAAACCUUUGUAA